UAUGGGAAAUUGUUUAAAAAGAAACUAAACUUUGUUAUAAUAAAAUUAAUAAUGCCCAAAAUGUCAAAUGGUUUUUUAAGCACAAUCAAGUGCUGUUUAGGUAAUUAUUUAAAAUAAAAAUAGUAUUAAUAACAUGUUUCGAAUUGUAGAGUUAGACAAAUUUAAAAUCCAGCUCCUUAAUUAAGAAAUAUUUAAGUUGGUGAUGUUGUUAUUUAGCCUAAUCAUCAUGCAAAUCUAAAUCCUAAUCCAAAUCCAAGAACCUAUGUAUUAAGAUUAUUUUUAUUAUUUUAAGCCUCAUUUUAUAUAGGAGGAUUUUCAAAAUAGAAAAUAAAAGUAUUAUUGGUGCAAAGAAUUAUUGCCAGGCUCAAAAAUUAAAUAUAAAUGGAAUAAGAGAGUAAAUAAAAAAUUAUUUUAACUAAGUUAUCUCCUGCAAUGCCAGCUGGGAAUGUUUCUGAAAUGCUGGCUUUGCCUUGGGUUCAAAUUAAGAAUUCAGAAUUUCCAAUCAAAUAAACAUGGUUUCGAUUAUAAUUAGAAAAAAAAAGAAUAUCAUGGUAAUAAGGAGCAGAAACUUUAUCUGUAAACAAAGAGAGUUUCUUAAUGACUACAUUAAAUAUGUAUUAAGAAAUUAAUUGGCACAAAGAAGUAAAGGUUCAUAUUGAUGGUGAUAAAGUAUUGGAUGCAGGAGGAUUAUUAAGAGAAUGGGCUAAUUUAAUAAUGAAAGAAAUUAUACAUCCAGAAUCAGGUAUGUUUUAAUUAGCUGAUUGUGAGGAUGUAUCUUAUAAAAUAAAUUGUGAAGCAGAUACAGAUGAACAUAUUAUAGAUUGUUUUAAAUUAUUAGGAAUAGUUGUUGGUAAAUGCAUUUUUGAGAGGAUACCUUUAAAUGUUUAUUUUGAUAGAUCAAUAAUUAAACACAUAAUAGGUUAACCUAUUUUUUUGGAAGAUAUUUAUUAUUAUGAUCUUUAAGUAUUGAUAUUUUAAAUUUAGUUAUAUUAAUCCUGGGAUUUUUUAGUAAAUAAUAAAUUUGAAGCAGAUGAUAUUUCAGAAUAUUUUGUUGUUUAUAGAAAAAGUAAAAGAGAUUACUAUGAAUUGAAAUAAGGAGGAUAAAAUAUUUAGUUAGAUAUGGAUAAUUGUCAAGAAUACGUUAAUUUAUGGUAAAUAUAUAACUUUAAUUUAGCAUUGAAUAUUAUACAUAUAUAUCAAUUAAGCCCUUUUUGACUGCAUUUUUAUCAACUUUAUAUAGUGUAUUCAAUUAAAGUUUAAUGAUUAGAUAAUUCCAAAAUAAUUACUUAGCUUACUUGAACCUUUAGAAUUAGAAAUGAUUCUUUAUGGAACACCAUUUAUUGAUAUUAAUGAUUGGAGAGAUAAUACUGAUUAUAAAGGUGCUUAUUACAGAACUCAUUAAACGAUUUAAUGGUUUUGGGAAAUUUUAGAAUAAAUGGAUUAAUUUAAUCUUACCAAAUUUUUAUAAUUUUGUACUGGAUCAACUAGAACACCUGUAGAAGGAUUUAGAAAAUUAGAAAGUAAUAGAGGAAACUGCUCUAAGUUUUGUAUAGAAAGUGUACCAUUUACAAAAGCUAAUCCUUAUCCAAAAGCACAUACUUGUUUUAAUAGAUUAGAACUACCAAUUUAUGAAACUAGAGAAGAUAUAGAAUAACAUUUAAAAGCAGUAAUACAGGCUGAUAUGGAUGGAUAAUUUGGAAUGGAAUGA